AUGUCAACGGAAAAUGGAAUUUCAUUUCGUGCACAAAUUAUGAAAAGUCUGUGUUUAAACAGUGAUAAGGCUGAUAUUUUCUUUGUGAUUCACGAAAAUGGGCAGCAAGAACGCAUUUCAGCACACAAAUGUAUUUUGGCCUGUGGCAGCCCAGUAUUCAACACAGUCUUCUAUGGCGAUCAACCGAAGCAAGAGACAGAAAUACCCAUUACUGAUUCGUCUGCAGCUGCAUUCAAACUCUUCAUGCAAUUCUUUUAUUUGGACACCGUGUGUUUGUCGUAUGACAAUGCAAUUGAGGUGCUACAAUUAGCUCAAAAGUUUCAAGUUAUCGAAUGUUUUGAAACUUACGCUCGCUUUAUGCAACGCCAUUUGAAGAUCGACAAUGUUUGUAGUGCAUUCGCUGUGGCCAAUACGUUCAGCCAGCAGAUGACGAAUUUCCUUCAGGUGUGUCGUGAAUAUAUCGCCAAUAACCUCCAAGCAGUGCUUGAAACAGACAACUUUCGAUGCUGCCCAACGGAAAUUCUAAAGGAAAUCUUGGAAAUUGCUCGCGAGAAAAAUUACAAUCGCAUCAAAAUUUUCAGCGCAGCUAUGAAUUGGUCGAGUCACGCAUGUGAAAAGAAAAACAUCAACAAAGAAUUGUCGAAAAAUUUGCGACAUCAGUUGGGUGAUGUUUUCAACCUUAUAGCAUUUGAUCAAAUGACUUUGGAUGAGUUUGCGCAAUGUUUGACAAAACGCAGCAAUCUCUUUGAAUCGGUUGAACUGGAAAAAGUAAUCAUAGCAAUAGCUAAGGCAUCAAACAAGAAACGACGAUCUUCCAACGCUGACCGAAACGAUGAAAAUCCACAAAAAAAAAAUGUACGGAAAUAA